AUGUUGUCUUCCCACUGGCGUCGGCAGUCCGCAUUCGCCCAGUUGAAGGCCUUUGGUUCGAGCCAACCACCUCACCACCAUCUCGGCCACCACCCACGAGCCAGGCUGUCCGUGCUUCUUUUAGCUUAUCUUAAUUGUCAAGCGCGUGCAGCUCACACUGGCCCGGCAUACGAUUGCGGAAGAGACAAACGCUAUGACCGGCGGAAGCACAAACGUCAGCGAUACCAGAAAAAUGGCUCACAUUCACAGGCGAGCCAGCCGGCGGAGGUCAACACAUGGGACCUUUUGCUUUGCUUUGCUCCUCUCCACUCGCCCCCUAUUAGGCUUGAUUCAACCAACAAUUGUGUGAAUUGGCUCGCACAAACAUUGAAAGACGAAAAUAGUAAUUUACCUGGCCAGAAGAAGUAG